AUGGACCAUUACAAGGGAAUGAAAAAAGUGUGUUUGGUUGGUCGAUGGAAUGGCAUCGCCCAUUCCAAAUACAUUCCAUUCCCUCAAAAUCAUUUCAUCCGCCCCCUGUUUUUUUCCAUUCCAUUCCCUCUUCAUCCUUCAUUAAAUACACCACAAUCCACCAUCGUUGCCACCACCCACCAUCACCACUGCCAUCCAACAACGCCGUUUGCCGUCGUCACCCACCUCCGCCGCCACCCACCGCUGCCAGCUCCGACCACCACCUCCCACCGCCGCCACUCGCGACCCGCCGAUAACACCACCACUGCCACCGCAACCAUCGCCAUCACCACAUUCGCCACCACCGCCACCGCCCCCACCCGCCACUGCCGUUGCCGCCACCCACCUCCGUCCCCACCACCGCCACCUGUUGUCACCACUGAAACCUCCGAUCACCGCCGCCACCCACCUCCGCCAUCGCCGUCGCUGCCUGUCGCAACCCCCGUCCCCUAA